AUGUCAUCACGUAGCUCUGGGGUGGCCUUAGGGCUCGGUUCCCAGCCCAGCUGCAGCACCCCUGUGCCAGCGCAAAGAAAUUCCUUCCCGGCGCUGCAUCUCCUUCCACCGCGGAGCCGCUCGCUCGCCCUGCUGAGCCAGGAGGACUUCUUCGAGAGCUUCAAUGGGAGCUUCAGCGACGUGAGCAACGUUCUGGGGGCUGAUCUGUUGGACUGCAACUACUCCAUCCCCGACCCGCAGCUGGUCCGGAGGAUCGUGUCCCAGGUGGAGUUCUACCUCUCCGACGAGAACCUGGCCAAGGAUGCUUUUCUCCUGAAACAUGUCCAGAAGAACAAAAUGGGCUUUGUCAGCAUCAAACUGCUGACGUCCUUCAAGAAGGUGAAAUACCUGACACGCGACUGGCGGCUCACGCUCUACGCCCUGCGGUUCUCGGAGCUGCUGGAGGUGAACGAGGAGGGCACCAAAGUGAGGCGGCGGGUCCCCGUCCCCGAGUCCCUGCUGAGCAUCCCCCCCAGCAAACUGCUGCUGGCCUGGGAGCUCCUGCCCCAGGAGCAGGACGUGCUGCCACCGCUCCAGAAGAACUUCCUUGAGACCAUCACGAGGAUGUUCAGCCCCUUUGGUGCCAUCGCCUCCAUCCGCAUCCUGCGGCCGGGCCGCAAGCUGCCCUCGGAUGUGCGGAAAUACACAUCGCGGUUCCCCGAGCUGCUGAGCAAGUGCUGCGCGCUGGUGGAGUAUGAGAGCCUGGAGAGUGCCCGCAGAGCCUUUGAGGACCUCGGCCACCAAAACCACCCAGGCGGCGAAAGCAUCAGGGUGGUCCGGCUCUGCGGGAAGGGCUCCAAGAAGAAAGCUGGGGCCGAGAGGGAGGCGGCGGAGGAGCUGGUGGACCAGCCAGGCUUGGGCACCGGCAGCUGUUACAGCCUCUGCUCCGGCGCUGAGAGCCCCCGCGGCUGCAGAUGGGGGAGCGGGGCGGGUGCCUGGGCGCCCUGGCAUAGCAGCCCCUCUCCGGAUGCCAAAACUCCUCCCAGAAAUCCUCCAGCAGCAAAGCAGGUGACCGAGCCCCUUGGCCUGCGGGAUGGGGUGCUUCGCCUGCCCCACGGACCGGAUGGCACCAAGGGCUUCUGCAGCAGCUUUGGGAGAGGAGAGCUCGUCCUCCGGCACUGA